AUGUCCCCCGGUCAGCCAGAAGUAGCCACUGGCCCCCCGGACCAGGGGUUUCGGCAAGACCUCGACGCCCGCCGACCCCGGGACUCCGUCGACGCGAACUCUCCCACCAUCUCUUCCACCACUUCCACCACUCCCGCUUCUUCCUUCACCGCUCCCGAACCCUCACAGGCCCGUGGCGUCGUCCGCCUGUUCCAGUGCCGCCUCUGCUCCUCCCCCUUCAGAGACCCCGUCGCGCUCCCAUGCGGGAGGGCGCUAUGCCGGACGUGUCUUCCCCAGCCCCAUGACCGUCUCAACAUCACCUAUCCUACCGGCCUGGAGAGGUCGAAGGGAAUCGUCUGUCCGUUUGACGACUGCCGCAAGGAACAUGCCCUCAUCGACUGCAGCAGCGACAUCAUCCUCAACAAGCUCGUGGACUUCCUCCGUGACGCCGUCAUCCGAGACACCCGCGAGGUCGGGAGGUCGACGUCGAUCGCCGCUGUGCCGCCCAGGUCAAGCCAGGAUGGAGAAGGGGAACGGCCUGCUGGACCGGCCGACCUCUCUGUCAUCCAAGGCGGUCAGCUAGCAGCCGUCUGGGCUCUGGCCGAUCGGGGCGGCUUGCACUUCGAUCAGCAGGUCGUGUAUGGCGACGCGGAGCUCGACGAGGCCCCUGCCCGUCCAGACUCCGACGUCAUCCGCAGGCUCCAGGACGACUCGCGGAGUGAGAUGGACUGCCAGGUCUGCUACGGCCUCUUCUGCGACCCCCUGACCACGGCAUGCGGCCACACCUUCUGCCGCUCGUGCCUCCAGCGCAUCCUCGACCAUUCGCAGUACUGCCCCAUCUGCCGACGACGGCUUCCCAUGAACCCCAUGCUCAACCGCACGGCCUGCCCGUCCAACAGCACGCUGAGCCGGAUGAUUGACGCGUUCUGGGCCGACGAGCUGGUCCAGCGCAGGAAGACGAUAGCUGCCGACCAGGAUCUCGGCCACGGCGGUGACUACGACAUAGCCCUGUUUGUGUGCACCAUGGCGUUUCCCAUGAUGCCGACGUUCCUCCACGUCUUCGAGCCGCGUUAUCGCCUCCUGAUCCGGAGGGCGCUCGACGGUGACCGCACCUUUGGCAUGGUGCUCCCCAAGAGGCCCCGGUACGUCGACGACGCCUAUUUCCACGAGUACGGUACGCUCCUGCGCAUCACCAACGCCCACUUCUACCCGGACGGCCGCAGCCUGGUCGAGACCAGAGGGGUGUCGCGCUUCCGCGUCAUCGGUCACGGCAUCCUGGACGGCUAUGCAGUCGGCAAGAUUGAGCGUAUCGAUGACGUGAGCGUUGAGGAAGAGGAAGAAUCCGAAGCACAGGAAGCACAGGCAGCAUCGGCCCGCGGCGACUACUCCGCUGGAAAAUCGCCGCAGGGCCAGCAGGAGCAGCAGCAGCAGCAGCGGCGGCAGCAGGAGCACCAGGAGCACCAGGGGCGGCGACAGAGCACGGAGACAUCGCCGCCUACGCCACCACCGGAAGGCGAGAACCGCCAUCAGCACGAAGAUGACCGGGGGCCGCAGGGGGUCCGGAGAUCGAGAGACGCAGACGCCAUGUCGACGAGGAGCCUGGCCGACUUUGCGCUCGAAUUCGUGUCUCGGAUGAGAGCCCGCGGCGUUCCCUGGCUGUCGGACCACAUGAUUGAGAUUUACGGCGAGUGUCCCAGCGACGCGGCCCUCCUCCCGUGGUGGCUGGCCAGCACGCUCCCCCUCCGCGACAGCGAAAAGUAUCUCUUGCUGAGGACGUCGAGCGUCCGCGACAGACUCAAGAUCUGCUACAGGUGGAUCGUAGAGUGGGAGUCUAGCCCUUGGUGGGUUCUCCUAAUUUACUUUUUGAUCUUUGUUCUGUUCCUUCUCGCCGUCCUCUCCAUCUCCCAGACCGUCCAUGCAUGA